AUGCAAAGCUCAUCAAACAACUUUGCUGAUCGUGAGGAAUGCGAGAGAAAGAUGAAUGAGGACGUGGCAAGGAACGUGAGGGAAAUUUUUGAGAAGACUCAACUGCGACCAGCUGAUGGACCACGGGCCGGCCGUCCAAAGAAGAGACAACAAGAGAAUACAAAGAAAGACUGCGGGGUUUCGUCUGCCCCAUCCGACGCAUCGUCAUCGCAAGAAGCCACCCGUUUGACCGUACCCUUUCAAAGCCAAAAUGCUGUACACGACGACAUGUACGAUGUGGCUGCAGACUUUCCAUCUUUUAUGGAAUUGGAUUUUGGAGAAGAGUUCAAAAAUUUCGACUAUGCGACAAUUUUCGGAGACAUGGAGCAUUUUGAGGAACAGGAGAUGAUCCCAUCUACCUCUUCUGGACCACCUGCUCAAGAAACCAAAAAGAGAAGGCAUUGGAAGCCAAAGGAAGCCCCAUGCCCGCAUUGCGGGAAAGUGUUGUCUUCCGCGACCAAUGUAAAACGGCAUGAGAAUAGCUGCAAAGUAUUUAAAGACAGAACUACAUUUCCACAACCUUCCGAACAGCCGGCGCCGGGAAACAAGAAAAGAAGAGUUCAAACAUGGAAGCCAAAAAAUGCAACAUGUUUAAAUUGCGAAAAAGUGUUUUAUUCUAAACACACUUUGAAACCGCAUUUGGAAAAAUGCAAAGCCAAAGAAACGGACACUCUCCAAAUGAUUGAUCAGAAUAUCUCUGAUAAUGUUCCUGUAUCUUCUAAUCAGCUAUUUAGUUCUUCUCGUCACGAACCGAGAAGAAACAAUCAAGUUGUGCUGGAACCAAUCUUCUAUAAUUGGAGCCCUAGGAUGUCUCAAUCACUCGAAGAAGAAAUAAAAAAUGAACCGGAAGCCUUGACACCACAAAGUAAUGCAGUAUCCGAUGGAAGAAACAAAAGUGAAACCGUUACAAGAUGUGGAAACCAAAUCUUCUCGAGACCGCCUGUCGAAAUGCCCGUCCGAGUGUUCCAGUCCCCGCUGAAUAGCGGAAGUGGCCCAAAGAAUGCUCAGGAAGAAGCAGUCUCACAACUUGAAGCACCAGUGAGGAACCAAUGUGAUGGAUGCUUUAAGCCGUUUCCUUCGCAUUUGAGACUUCGACGACAUAAGGACAGCUGCUCAGUUAUUCUAAGAAAGAAGAUGCUCGACGCCUAUGAAAGGCCAGAAGAUAUUUAUCAACAAAUGCAACUUAUCUCCAACAGACCAGGGCAAGACUUUUCAACUUCUUCUUCGAGAGAGCCAUCUUCGUCAAUCAGCCCUUCUCUCAGCCACGAAACAUAA